CCGAACAAGUAAAGCUUUGUUGGAUUUAGAUAAGAGUGACAAAGAAGUAAAAUAAAGAGAGCUUGUAGAGAUUCAAAAAAAUGGCAACGGUGGGAAGAAACAUAGCAGCACCAUUACUGUUCUUGAAUCUGGUUAUGUACCUCAUCGUACUUGGUUUCGCAAGUUGGUGUAUCAAUAAAUACAUCAACGGCCAAACUAACCACCCAAGUUUUGGAGGCAACGGAGCAACGCCAUUCUUCCUGACUUUCUCGAUCUUAGCAGCCGUUAUAGGGGUAGCCUCGAAGCUGGCCGGAGGUAACCAUAUUAGGUUCUGGAGGAACGAUAGUCUUGCAGCCGCAGGGUCUGCCUCUAUCGUUGCAUGGGCCGUCACUGCUCUUGCCAUGGGGUUGGCAUGCAAGCAGAUAAACAUAGGAGGAUGGAGAGGGUGGAGAUUGAGGAUGAUCGAAGCCUUCAUUAUAAUCCUGACGUUCACUCAACUGCUCUACCUCUUGUUGAUUCACGCUGGUACAUUCAGCAGCAAGUAUGGUCCUGGAUACAGAGACACUGACUACGCUACAGGUCAAGGUCAUCAUGUACCAGGCACUCAUGCGGGCGAGCACAAGGCCGGUGUUGGAACGCACAUGCCCGUUUAGUGUCUUCUUUGUGUUUGAUGUGAUGUUAAUUUACAUAAUAAAUUAUAUGAUAUAAUGUGUUUUUUACUUUUUAAGUUUUUUUAUUAAGUUAUGUAAUAGUAUGAACCUUUGUGUUCUUUUGAUAUAUGGAUUUGUGUCUUAUGUUUUCA